AUGGCCCAGCGAAGCCCAAUCUUCCCAACUCUUGCCCCUUCUGAAAGACGGGUUCGAAACAUACCGCUGCAUAGCCAGGCAUUGACAGCGGUCCCGUUGGCAUCCGCAAGCCUGGUGGAUCAGCUGGAAGACAGAAUCCUAAGCCAUGAGAAAACAACGGCGGCUCUUGUGGAACACGCUUUUCGCAUUAAGGAGGACAUUGUUUCCACUCUGCACAGAAUGCAGAACAAAGGGGGGGGCGACCGGUUGGCUAGGCAACUCUUGGAAGAACAUAUCCGAAACAUAACGGCAAUAGUGAGGCAGCUUAAUCGGGACAUCGAGAUGCUGCAGGAACAGAUACGUGUCAGAGACAAUCUCAGCUAUGGAACAAAUUCUACGCUGAAGAGUCUGGAAAUGCGGCAGCUUUCUGGUUUAGGAGAUCUUCGGGGAAGAGUUGCAAGGUGUGAUGCUGGGUUAGCCAGACUGUCUGCAGAGCAUAAAAUUACGUAUGAAAGACUUCAGAGCCUAACUAAAGAUCAACACACCUCCAAGCUGAUCUUAGAAUCUAAAAUCAAAGAGGCAGAAAUACAGAUUUCUCAUCUUCUGAGCAGAGUAGAGCAAUCAAUAAUGCAACAAGAAGCAAAGCUGAAGAUUGCCUACAAAGAAAGCAACCAACAGCUCCACCUUCUGGAUAUGAAAUUAAAAAAUGCUAUUGAGGAACUCAGCAGCCAGAUUUUGUCUGCACGUAGCUGGUUGGAACAGGAACAUGAAAGGAUUGAAAAAGAGCUUGUGCAAAAAAUUGACCAACUCUCAUUGACUUUUAAGGAAAACACUGAAAUGAGUGAAAGAGCUAUAGAGAUGAAAUUCAACCAAAUGGCAGAGAAAAUUGACAAAAUAGAAGAAAUACAGAAGAUAACCACGGAAGCACAAGAAGCAAAACAGACUGAAGAAAAGAUAAAUAUUCGCAUUGGCAAACUUCAAAAUGAAAUAAGUGAAGAUAUAAAAGAAAUGAAAGCUGAAGUUAAUGCUGGAUUUGCAGCUAUCUAUGAGAGCAUUGGGUCUCUACGGCAAGUUCUAGAAGCGAAAAUGAAGCUGGACAGAGAUGAACUACAGAAGCAGAUCCACCAAAUGAAGCAGGAGGUUCCAACAUGGGGAGAGGCUGGACCAUGA